AUGCUGCCAAGUACAGUGCAGGUGGGCGGAAGUCAAGCGCCACCUCACCAACUGUUCGUAUUGGUCAAACGCCUCAACCUGCAGCUGGGCGACCAGGCUGCUACUUCCCUGCCAGCAACGUUUCACCCUCCGCCCAGCAUCCUCCCUCCCUACGCCCAGCUUCCUCCCUUCCUCCGCCCAGCUUCCUCCCUCCCUACGCCCAGCUUCCUCCCUCCCUACGCCCAGCUUCCUCCCUCCCUCCGCCCAGCUUCCUCCCUCCCUCCGCCCAGCUUCCUCCCUCCCUCCGCCCAGCUUCCUCCCUCCCUCCGCACAGCUUCCCCCCUCCCUACGCCUAGCUUCCUGCCUCCCUCCGCCCAGCUUCCUCCCUCCCAACGCCCAGCUUCCUCCCUCCCUACGCCCAGCUUCCUCCCUCCCUCCGCCCAGCUUCCCCCCUCCCUACGCCCAGCUUCCUCCCUCCCUCCGCCCAACUUCCUCCCUCCCACCGCCAAGCUUCCUCCCUCUCUCUGUAACAGUGUGGCAGCCGAAUGCUGCCAAGUACAGUGCAGGCUGCUACUUCCCUGCCAGCAACGUUUCACCCUCCGCCCAGCAUCCUCCCUCCCUACGCCCAGCUUCCUCCCUUCCUCCGCCCAGCUUCCUCCCUCCCUACGCCCAGCUUCCUCCCUCCCUACGCCCAGCUUCCUCCCUCCCUCCGCCCAGCUUCCUCCCUCCCUCCGCCCAGCUUCCUCCCUCCCUCCGCCCAGCUUCCUCCCUCCCUCCGCACAGCUUCCCCCCUCCCUACGCCUAGCUUCCUGCCUCCCUCCGCCCAGCUUCCUCCCUCCCUACGCCCAGCUUCCUCCCUCCCUCCGCCCAGCUUCCUCCCUCCUUCCGCCCAGCUUCCUCCCUCCCUCUGCCCAGCUUCCUCCCUCCCUCCGCCCAGCUUCCUCCCUCCCUCCGCCCACUAGCCCACCCUCCUUCUGCAAUGCUUCCCCCAUCCCUCUGCCCUGCUUCCCUCCGCCCUCCGUCCUGCUUACCCCCACCCUCUUAGAGGCCGCUCCAAUCCCUCCCCAUGUGCCUCUCCAUUUUCUCCCCAUGUGGCUGCGCAGCGAGGAGGGGGGAUGCACGCGCAACAGUGGGGCAGCACAACAGAUUCGUGUGCAAGCUCAGUGA